AUGCAAUGCUAUGCGGUAGCUGAAUGCGAUGUGUAUGCUGUUCGUAUGCAACGUGUGCAUCUUGUAAGCCCAACCGGUGUAUGCUCCAUCAUGUGUAUUGUAAAUGCAGCAAUCAUAUACACACUUGUGCCGCGCCGGAGAAUUGCUAGAGCGAUAAACCCGUUCGUUUCACAUUGCAUUCACCGCGAACUCGCCGAGCCCACCGCCCUAGCUCUCUGCACUACACUGCGGCUUGCGUGGCACUAUCCAACGAAUUGCAUCAGAUCUCCCCUUCGACUGUAUGUUUCCGAGUCCCGACCCUCUCUCCGACGUACCUGCCAGCCGAAGGUCUCGGGUGUGUUGACUGUCCUGGCGGGGUCCCGUUUACCUGCCGCAUAUUGACUCAGAAUUGUAAUGUUAGAUCUGGAAAUUAAUAAACUAAUAUGGAUCCAGACUUGAGCAAAUCUAACGAACAUUGGAUUGAGGCUUCGGCAGCAACAUCGGAAUGGUUCCCGGAGAAGCAGUACCAGGCCCAAAAGACCUGGCUCCAGUCCUUCUGUCUUCGGGUCCUAAAGUGCGGUCCUGUGCCGCAGCAUGUGGCCUUCAUCAUGGACGGCAAUCGCCGUUUCGCCAAGAAAAAGUCGGUCCAGACCCUAGAGGGCCAUUCGCUUGGAUUCGAGAAAUUAGCUGAGACUCUGCAAUGGUGUUUAGAUCUAGGUAUAACAGAAGUCACCGUCUAUGCAUUCAGUAUAGAGAACUUUAAGAGAUCGCGGCAGGAAGUGGAUGGGCUUAUGGAACUAGCAAGAAAGAAAUUCCUCAGAUUAUUAGAAGAAAAAGAUCAGAUCAUGAAGCAUGGUGUAUGUGUGCAAGUGAUAGGAGACCUCAACCUCCUCCCCAGGGAUGUUCAAGAAGUCGUAGCAGAAGCCAUGUUUAUAUCACGCAAUAACACAAGAGCAACUCUCAAUGUAUGUCUAGCCUACACCUCCAGGCAGGAGAUGGCCAACGCAGUCAAGGAGGUGGCGCUAGGAGUAGAAGAAGGCAUCCUCGAACCAAGCGAUGUAUCGGAGGAGUUACUUGAGGAAUGUUUGUACACUCAUAGAUGUAAAGAUCCAGAGCUACUCGUCAGAACAUCAGGGGAAGUCCGGUUAAGUGACUUCUUACUGUGGCAGAGUGGCUAUUCAGUACUGUCUUUCGUAGAGGUUCUAUGGCCUGAGUUUUCUAUAUGGCACCUAUUUGCCGCUGUUCUUCACUACCAGACCAAAUACAACGCAGUACAAAGAGCAAAGGAAGCCAUGCUGGACAACAGGCGGAGAGCCGUCCUGGAAUCGGAUCACAGAUGCGUUCUAGCUCAAUCAAACACCAGCAAAGAAACGACACUCUCGGAUCGCAAAGAAACGUCACUCUCGGAUCACAUAGCAAUGCCAAGCAAUGACGAUGCCUUCCAUAAAAGACUCUCAAAGUACAGGAACGAUCGCGAGUCAAGGAUAGCCAAGUUUCUAGGAGCGCUCAACAAAAGAAGAGAAGACUUUUUAAUGAGUUUACUACCAGAAAGGACUCUAUGCCAAAUCGUAGCGUAGCUCUGCAUUCGGAGUAAUUCGAGUAGCUUUCCACUCUUCUUUUUUUUCUUUUUAAUAUUCCUAGAUUUUUAUGAAUGAAUUUAUGAGAGAGAUUAUUGUGUUUAUAUUUUGAACAAUUAUAAAGAAUGUGAAUUUGUCUUAAAGUAUCUUUUAAUGACAUAUGAGAUAUAUAUGUUCCAAAUCAAUUUCUUUACUUCUUCACAGUGACGUCAUCAAAUGCUGAAUAAAACAUCCUCUCUUCACAUUGGCAA